AUGGUCACCUCGUUCAAAUCAUUUCUUGAUGAUGAAUUUAAACUUCGUUCAAUAUACACUACUCUUUUGCUCACUGAACUCUUUCACAUUUUAGCUCAUUCCAAAAUUUUAUUUAACAUUCGAUUUCCUAUUGGUUCUAAUCAUUAUCACGCAGUUCAACAACUUUGGAAUCAAGAAACGACAAUGUUUUAUAUAGUUACCAAAUCAUUGAUGAUAGGUCAUUUCUUAUUACACACUUAUUACAUUGGUGUUGGUUUCUUUGAAUAUAAAAAUUAUUUUAAAAAUCGUAAUAAUAAUAUUAAAGAUGAAAAAGAUGAAAAAGAUGAAAAAGGUGAAAAAGAUAAAAAGGAUAAAAAUGAUAAAAAUGAUAAAGAGAUUAAAAAGGAAGUAGAUAAUUUUAGUGGUGAUGAUGUUGUUUUAUCAUCUUCGGUAACAACCACCACCACAACAGUUUUUAUGGGUAAAGAGAAAAUUAUUAAUCUUCAAGAAGAUGUCACAUCGACUACUGCGGUUACUACUACCGCAGCAGUUACUGCUACUUCAUUUGUUACAGCAACUGCUGAAUCUCCAACAAUUAUAUCUCAAGAUGAAAUUAUUAAUAAAAAAGAAUCAAAUGAUAAUCCUCCUCCUCAAGUAUCUAAUAGAGAAGAAAGUCAGUCUUCCACUCAAUUAUUAGCAUUGUUGGAUGAUCCUAAUCUAGAAACGGAUGGCAAACAACAUAUCUCAAAAGAUCAUCAAGAAACUUCUAACCAAGAAAAUCUUAAUCCUUUUCAACAGUCCGAAAAUAAAACCAAAGAUACUGAGGUAUAUUCAAGUACUGAAUACAUUAAGAGAGCAAAGAGAAUUGCGGAAUUGCAUUGGAAAGAUUCCGUUGGAACUGUAUAUGAUAUUUUUGUACAUGCAGUAUUUGUGUUAUGGCAUAUUAAGAAAAAAAAUGAUGAAGCAUUUAGAGAUAAUGAUAGAUUUUCUAUUGAAGAUAUAAAAUUUGCCGAAUAUUUAUAUAACAAUACCGGAUUAAGUUCAUUAAUUUCUCAACAACAACAUUCUCAACAAUGGACUUCUUCUUUAUUAAAAAAUAAUAAUAAUGAUAAAGUUACCGGACUUAAUUCGAAUAUUAGAAUUUAUAAAUAUAAUACAGGUCAAAGAUUUGAACAACAUUAUGAUGAUUCGGUUAAAGAUUUUUUAGGUAGAAAAAGUGAUUGGACUUUAUUAAUUUAUUUAAAUGGUGGAGAAAAUGAUCAUGAAAUUCCACUCUUGGGUGGUGAAACGGUUUUUUAUAAAUCAAAGAAACAAGAAAUAAUUGUUAAACCUGAGAGAGGAAUGGCAUUAUUACAUAAACAUGGUCACGAUUGCUUAUUACAUUGA